GCUGUGUAAUGUUGGGUGAUACAGUGAAUACAGUGGAGGUCAUUUAACGGGACGAUGAUGAUUAUCGAUCAGUCAGUGAGAGAAUCCCGUCAUGCGCUCAGAAAGAGCGCGAGCGGAGCGCACGCGGAGCAUCGAUUUGAGCCCCAGUCCCAUGCAGUUUGAAGCUCCGCCUCCAGAGCCAGCGGACUUUAAAGCGCUCGCCGCUCUCUGACUGACUGAGUGCCUGAAGCCCGAGCUGCGCCGCACCAUGGCAACAGAGCGGCCCUCCAGACUGCGCGUCUUCUCUCUCAACUGCUGGGGAAUUCGAUUCUUCAGUCAACUCUGUACACAGCGGUAUGAGAUGAUCGGAGAAUUACUGUGCCAAGAGCAGCACGACAUCGCCCUGUUACAGGAAGUAUGGAGUGAAAGAGAUUUCCUUUUCCUGAAGAGAAAGCUGUCCUCCUCUCAUCCUUAUACGCACUAUUUCAAGAGUGGAGUGAUUGGCAGUGGGCUUGCUGUGUUCUCCAGACACAGGAUCCAGGACGCUCUGCUCUACCAGUACUCUCUCAACGGCUACCCAUAUAUGCUGCGCCAUGGCGACUGGUUUGGAGGCAAAGCAGUCGGGUUGGUCAUUGUAGACGUUUCUGGAUUAAAGGCGCACGUCUAUGUUACUCAUUUACAUGCAGAGUACUCCAGGGCUCAAGAUGAAUACCUGUCCCACAGAACAGUGCAGUCAUGGGAACUGCUGCAGUUCGUGCGCCACACGUCCUGUGGAGCAGAUCUGGUGGUUCUGGGAGGGGAUCUGAACAUGCAUCCUCAGGACUUGGGAAACCGUCUCCUCAGAUCCCACACUGGGCUCAGAGACUGCUACACUGAAACAGACACGUUUGAUGGCUGUGAAGAUGGUCACACACUAAUAGCAGACAAUCACUUCACAAAGAAGCAAGAUCUUGUUCCUUUUGAGAAGGGCAUCAGAAUUGACUACAUUCUCAUGAAGGGCUCUCAGAGAGUGACCAUGAAAUGUGAGUCUCUUUCUACCACCAAGGGGCCAGUGGCUGACAAACCCUUUCCAUAUUCUGACCAUGAGGCUCUGACUGCUGAAUUUGCCCUGCUGCACUCAGAGGACAGCAGACAGCGUGGAUCGAGCGACACGCUGGCUGUAUCAGAGCAGAUGGAGGUGGUGGCAGAGGCGCGUGCGCUGGUGAAGGAAGGCCUGUGUCAGACCGAGGCCCUGCGGGACAAAGCCAUGCAUCUGAUGUUCGGUGCUCUGCUGUUACUGCUGCUGCCGCUGGCUAUGGCCUUCCUGCCCUGCUCCUGCUCCUGCUCCUUCAGCACGCUGGGGCUUCUGGGAGCCGUUUGCAUGGUCCUGCUCCUCUCUGGAGCUCUGCUCUACCUGCUCUUCACCACACACAUCAAAGUCCUGAAAGAGACUGAAGACCAGAUGAUGCUGACCUCUAAUGACCUCCAGACUAAACUGACAGGAUGUCAGCUGUCUGGAUCUUCAUCCUUGGAUGGUUCUCCAGAGAUCCAGCCGCUGAGUCCUUUUAAACGGGAGGAGUAAGGUUGGAUCGGGAUCAGGUUACUGUACCUCAGUGUUACAUUAUAGCUGUUAAGAUAUAACGUGAAGAGCUGAUCCGAGAUCAGUGCUCUGAGGCUAUACCUACCUCAGCUCAGUGAAUAGACAGAUUGAUCAUCACAGAGCUGCUGCUCUUUGCAUUUUAACGAACUGAAAAUCUUGAAGGCUGGAAUGGAAAGCCCUGUUUGUUUCCGUGAGGGCGAGUUAUUUAAUUCUGUGCUUGUCUAUGCGUAAGACACUCCGAACAGUGUGCGUUCUGAUAUUUUAAUGUAACUCAAAAGAGACUUAAGUCAAUUUUUGUUUAACUGUUUGUUGUUGAGGUAUUACUAGACCACAUUUUAGGCAUUAUAAACUCUGUUUGAAUGUCAUUUCAUCAUAAUCAUGAAUAAAUAAAUCACUAUUCUGAAGC